GUCUGACUUGGACUCUAUCUUCCUACUCCACCCACCAGCCUCCAUUUGGGAUUCUCAUCUUCCACCCUCCUUCUUCCUCCGCCGCCCUCUAUCGGAGCUUUUUUUGCCGCCGGCAACGGCCGAUACGACGGUGAAGAGGCGCCAUGGACAGGCUUCUGUAUUCUCCUUCUCCUACCUCCUUCAAGAUUAAUCCGAAUCCACCUCUUCUUCUUCCUCGGUUCCGUCGCAUUGACUCCGCGAAGCUCAAUUUCCCCCUCCCGACGCGCCAUGGACUCCGUCCGCUUGGUUUGUUCUCCUCUAAGGUUGAUAAGCCUUCUAUGCCGUUGAUUCAUUGUCUUUCUUCGUCGAAUUCGUUGAGCGAUUCGAUUUCCACGUCCAAUUCUAGAGCCGUCUCGCCCAAGCCUGAUUUGCUUGAACAUUUCGCCGGAAAGAAGAAGGUCAAACAGUCACUCUUUGUUCUUUCUGCUCUUGCCCUGAUCCUGAUCCAACCAGUCUUUGCGCCAGCAGCCUUUGCAUCUUUCCAAAAUGCAGCUAAAACCGGAGGUCCUGCAGCAGCUGCAGUUGGGCGACGACUGAUCCAGAGUGAGCUAUUAAGUAGCGCUUGGACUGGCUUUUUUGCUGGCUGCUUACACACAUUAUCAGGACCAGAUCACCUUGCUGCCCUUGCACCCCUUUCAAUUGGCUGUAGCCGCAUGGAAAGUGCUGCAGUGGGCGCUCUUUGGGGGUGUGGUCAUGAUGCAGGUCAGGUCAUUUUUGGUCUACUAUUUUUACUGCUAAAAGAUAAGCUUCACAUUGAAAUUCUCAGAACCUGGGGCACAAUAGUAGUAGGCGUGACACUAUUUGUAAUAGGAAUUCUGGGUAUUAGGGAAGCUUCAGAAGUCCGUACCCCAUGUGUUGUAGGUCUAGAAAAUGGUGAAUGCGAUGUCGGCAUUUACAAAACAUUAGAGAAUCCAAUGGUCAUAGGGGAGAAGAACAAGAAGAAAAAAAAGAUAGGCUUUGCCACUUUUGCCACAGGAGUUGUCCAUGGCCUACAACCCGAUGCACUCAUGAUAGUCUUGCCUGCCCUAGCCUUGCCUUCCCGUGUAGCCGGCGCUGCCUUUCUUGUUAUGUUUCUAGUUGGAACAGUUAUUUCAAUGGGAAGCUAUACUGCUUUUAUAGGCUCGUUUAGCGAGGCAUUGAAGGACAGAGUGCCUAGAAUAACUGAAAAACUGACCUGGGCUGCUUCUUUUGUAGCCAUUGCUCUUGGACUUGCCAUUAUCAUUAGCCAGUUUCUUGGUUAUAGCCUCUACUGAUUGUCUCCAUCCACUCCUUUUCAUCACCAGACAUAAAAAGUUAGUAGUUUUGAGGAGUACCCAAAAUUUUUCUUAAGAUUAUCUCUACUGUUUUGGAUCUUGUCUGUAGUACGGAUCUUAAAUUGUGUAAAAAGCUUGACAUAAUCAUCUUUUGCUCCAAUACAAGUUCCACUUACUGAUACACGAAUAGUUUAAGGGAUUGACAUGGCUCGUCUGUCGCAUUGUUUAUUUGUUAAUCUUUAUUGAAGUGAUGAGUGAUCUGAUUCUGAUCU